AUGUCCUGUAGUUAUAUUAACUCAAAGUUAAUGGGCCAUAUGUUUCAUUUGUGCAGUACAAGUAUUUUCUGGAAAGCUUUUAGCCCCUGUAUCAUAAAGCUAUACGGUGGGCAGCAUGGUGAUCAACAUGGGGAAGCUCUCACUUCCUCCCUUAUUCAUCGAUUCGUUGGUAAUGGAAACUACAAAUUGUCUUCGAUGCAUAAGGUGUACGGAUGUCGAGACCUCCCGGAGAUGGCUAGUGUGCUUUCCACGUGCGCCUUCUUUCUACUCGUCCUCAGCCUGCAAGGCUUCCAUGCCACGUUGCCACUGAGAUCCAGUGAGGUGCCUAGUAUGCAAAUGAACUAUGCCAUCAAGCUUUCCUACCUGUCCUUUGCACCCCUACUCUUCCAGGAUGUAAUGGCCAUAUUCCUAUACAUCAUCUCAGAGGACAACACUUUCAGUUCAUUUUUUAUCUAA